AUGACUAGUUCUGGUGAGGAUAAGGUUAACAUUGCGAACCUUGAGGAAGGGAUUCAUGAGAUUUAUGACAUUGAGUGGUCUGAGUCUGGUAGUAGUAGCGACCUUGAUAUUGGGAUCUUGGAUAAUUCAUCGGCUCUUCCGGCUCGUCCCUCGUCUCUGCCCUCGUCUCGCGCCUUUGGUGUUACCAAGCAUGCUAACAAAGGCGCUAAUGAAGCUGCUUCUAAGGAACUAAGUAAAGCAAAGAAACAUAAACCUGAUGUUCCUUUAGGAAGCAGUGAUAAUAAAAGAAGUGACAAGGGAUAUCACGGUUCUCCUCCUGCUCUUACCACUAUCUCUGCCUCUUCUUCAGCUCGCUUGCCUGCUCCCGUCUUGUCACCUGCCACUUCUACCAUUUCUUCUUCUUCUGGAUCUGCAACUAAGAAGGAAAGAGUGCUUGGUCCUGUUAUCAGAAGAUGCGAUUUGUUACGUCCCCCGCGCUCUGAGACUGCUGUUAGUGCUGCUGCUGAAACUGUUGCGGGUGAAAAACAACUGGGUAAACCGGCUCAACCUAAAGGAGAUGAACAUCGUAAUCCAACGCUAUCCCUAUCCCUUUCCACUCUAAGAAGGCUUAACGCCUUGUCGGAAUGCUCGGUGGUCGGAACUUCAUUAUUAUCAUCAUCAAAACCCACAUCAUUAUCAUCAGGUGCAGCGAGGAUUUCAACGACAUCAACUUUGGCUACUAUGGCUGUUGCUGGCACCUCCAGGGAUGCGAGGAUGUCUGACACGUCAGAUGUGCAAACCGACCAACGGAAUAAGGUCAACUUCAGUCCUACCUCAUCCAUCGUAAUCCUUAAUGAUGAUUUUGAGGAAGAUUUUAACUUACCAGCAGGUCAAAAUGAGGUGCCCCCAGGCACUGGUGACGGCUCUAGUUUUCAGGGUUCUACAAAGCCAUCCCUUUUUUUGGGAAGCGUGGCCACCACUGCUGUUGGUGGAGAUGGAGCAAUUAAUGUUGCGGGUGUUACUUGUGGUGAGGGCGUGUCCAGUGCUCCUGCUGCUCCUUCCACGUCCACUAAUGCGGGCGAUCUCGUUCAGGAGCACGGUUCUGUUCGUGGGGACGUGGGUGUUGGGAUUGACAAGUCAAACAUCGAUAUUAAAGAUAAAAGCAUAAUCACUAAAGGCACAGGCAAAAACGGUUUUAAUGAUGUUAAUUUGGAAAACAAUGACACUGUCUACUUAAAUAGUAAUAGUAAUAGUAAUAAUAAUAACAAUAAUAACCAUAUUGUCGACAGGAGUGCCAUUAACGAUAUUAACGAUAUUAACGAUAAUAAUGAUGUAGUUGAUGAAAACGAAAACUUUGAUUUAAUGCGUAAGAGGAUGUUGCGUGUAGAUGGGGUCAAUUCUGAACCUGUUAUUACGACCGUAAAUAGAGCUACGGAUUUGGAAGGGCCUGUACAAAAUAGUACCCCCCCCCCCCCCCCCCCCGAAUUCUGCUACAGAGAAAGUAGAAUCUCCUGUUGCGAAUGA